UGCAUCCAAGGUGGGGAGUGGAAGAUGACGAUGAAGUGCAAACCCGGUUGGAGAACUUUUGACCGAAUGGCAAAGGGCACUUGGCUGAAAACGACGGAGCAUGCAGUUCUAGACCGCGUGCAGAGAGAGAACCUGGGGCAAAGUGAGAUCGUCAUCAAAGCAAAGACGAAACAUGUGUUCAAUGUCUUGCGAGACAAUGGACAGUUGGAGUACAGCGGCAAGUUUUACGACCUGCGCACGAGCCCCUCACGCGGGUCAAUCGAGUGGAAGGUCGAUCACACCGCCGAGGCCAUGAAGGUGAACGUCUCUCAUGAUGUCGUGCUUUUGUCCACACCGACCACAGGGGACACGAAGGCUGAGCAGAGGGAAGAUGACGGGACAACUUCCGACGUGAAGGUUGCAUUGAUUCCGAAGGUGGAGAUAACGUCUGCAACGAAAAAGUUCGUGAUUGCCAUCUCCGUCGCCACGACAAAAACACCUGAACGUGUGGAUAUGUCAAUCACCGAGCCGUCGAAUGUGGGUGCUACGUACGGGAGUCUCUUGUUGACAGAUGCUGCAUUGGAAUGCAGAUCAGAGAUGGAGUCCGAGUCGGCUGUUGGGAUGAGCGUCGCGGGAAUGUCGUUGUAACUGUCCUCAUGCACUGACAAAG